AAAUAUUCACCUUUUAGAUAACGAUUGGCGGCUAUUUUGUUGGCAAUAUUAUUUCAUACAUAUAGACUGUAGCCAUAGACCUAACAAUAUAUGUUUAUAAGUCUAUGACUAUAGCAGUCGAUUAUCUAAUUGUUUUUAUAUAUCUAAAUAUUUCUAUAUAUAUAUGGGAUCAUCAAAAAAAAUUUUCCUACUAUAAAUGGUUCGUGAUAUCCAUUCUUAUAUUAUCUAAGGUUGAACAAGUUAACAGCGGUUACUAACAAUGAGAUAUCUUAAUCGUGGUAAAUUUACGAAAUUCAAAAUGAUCCAUCUAACACUUAAACUAUCGACAUCAAUGAUUGUACAAUAAAUUACGUAUAUUGUUAAAAUAUUGUCUUACUAACACUUGAGUAUAAAUAUCUAUUACAAAAUAAUAUUAUUUUCCUACUCUUAAUAAUCUAACGUGUUUCACUGGAAUCGUUACUUUUACUAUAAGUGCAAUGCUAUCUUCGGACAAAGAAGACUUCCAUGAGGCAUUUAAAAUCCUAAAACCAGUAUGUGACGCUUUCAUAACAGAUCCCAACAACGCAAACACUGCUCUUUUUAAGAAUGCAUUAAAUGUGGCUCCAAAGUAUGGUGUGGAACAACUUCACCAAUAUGUAUUAAUGCCAAUAGAAAUCCAUUUUAAACUCAGCACGUCGUGAGUACAAUCAUUAAUUUUGAAUUGUAUUAAUUUAUUCUUUAUACAAUUAAAAAAAAAAAUUAUUGUUUAGAACAAACUGUACGUUAAAUGUCUUGGAUGUACUACAAACUCUAUUGAAGAAAAUAUCAAUCAAAAUAUGGGCGACGUUUUUGCGAUUGUACACAUUGUUAAUGAACAAAAUAUCUGAUAAAAAUAAUCCCAGUAAAGGUAACUUUCACCUUUUAUAUUUGUUAUUUAUAUAUCUGUAGUUUUUUAAAUAACAUAUUUAUUUUAAAGUCAUGAGUAUAUCCGAAGACAUCAAACUGUCAAUUAUAAUCACUAUGAACUUGUUGAUUAAAAAAUCUGAUAUUAUUGUAUUGAAUGAAAUGUACAGUGAUGCUGAUCCUACAAAUGUUGGAUACUUGGUAUAUAUUUGUACCAGGAUUGUAAGAGAAGAAAAAAUGAAUAUCCUGAGGUUUGUUUCAUUAAGUUUUAAAUUUCAAUAAUUAUUUUAGUUUUCGACUACCUAUGAAUUAUAAUGAGGAUGAUGACUUUAAGCUUGGUCAAUUUUUAGUUAUUUUUAAAUUAGAUGAGUCUAUAUUUAUGUUUAAAAAUUUGUUUGCAACGAGCUCGAAUACAGUAUUACUAAAAAUGAGUAGGACAAUAAUUUUUUUAAAAACUUACAAAUUAUUUUUAAGAUGUUUUUGAUGUUUUCACAAUCCACUUGAUCUUCUUAUAUUUCAUAAUAAUACAUUAAUGAACUUAAAGUUACUAUUUUUUUUUUUUUAAAUAAUAUAAUAUUUAUAAAAACAAAGAUUUUAAGAUUUUGGUAUAAAAAUACAAUUUGAUUUUGUAAUCUCUUCUGGCUGUUUUAAAUAAUUUAUUGUAUCUGUAUUAUUUUAAGUAUUGUAUUUAUACAUUUUUUGUUUGAUAUUACAGGGUAGAAGCUAUAAAAUGUAUUGAAAUUGUAUCAUCAAUUUGGAAUAAAAAUGUUGAUUUUAAUAUUCGCAUUCAAAUUACCAAAAGUUUAACUAAAUUUGUACCUGGUAUUUUAUCUAUUUGUACCUUUGUAGUUGAUGCUACGGACAUCCAACACCAUUCUAUAACAGUGGUAAGAAUGUUAAAAAGAUAAAUUUUCUAUUUUAGAUUUUCAAAAUUUUGAAAAAUAUUUUUUUAAGGCUGCUCUGAGUUUGUGGAGUACCAUUUUCUCACUGUUAGUCUGUGAUGAUAAUGUUAUAGAAGAAUGUAAUCCAUAUUUAGGUGAAUCAAUUCUUAAGAAUGAAAAUAAUACCAAAAAACAAUUGAAUGAUUGGAUUCAAGAAAACAGUGAUAAAUUUAAUAUAGUCACUUCAUAUAUGAUUAAAACAAGAGAACACAAACACUGGAGGGUUAGACUCCAGUUGGUCAGUUCUUGUGAUGUUUUACUAAAUAAAUGUAUUAGGUAAGAAAUUAUAAUUAUUGUAUUGUUUUUCAUAUUGUUUUGAUAACAUAAUAUAAUACCCCUAAAUAUAAGGGGUAUAAUAUAAUAACUAUACAUAGUAUCAUAUACAUAUAUAUAUACAGUUAUAGCUAUAUUAGUAUUAACUUUAAAUCAUAUAGUUUUGAAUAAAUUAAAGUUAUUCAAUUAAUAAAGUUUAUUAAAAUAUAUAGGUAUAAUAAAAUGCCUGUAACAUAAAUUUUGAAUCACUCUGUGUGAAUUAAAAAAAAAAAUCCCACAGAGCAAUAUAGUGUAAAAGUUACUAUUAUUAAUAUAUGACCGAUUUGUAGUAUGAGAAAAAUAAUAAAUACAACAUAACAAAAUAAAAUAUUACAUUGUGAUAGAAUUUUAAUGUGAACGAACGCAUACAUUAUAAUUUUUUCCAUUUCUCUUACUCGUCUUAAUCAAAAUUUAAGUAUAAAUGCCGAAGUUUAGAUUCUUUAUCAAAAUUCAAAUCAAAGUCCAGGCAAUUGCAAACCUGAAGCAUACAAAUUUUAGGUUUAUUAAAACUAUAAGAUUGUGAAUGGUAUGGAUCAUAAAAGGUUUUCUUAGAUCUGCUGUAAAAGGUUGGAACUAACCAACCUAUUUCUUAUAGGAUUUCAGAAUAUAAAUAAUAUCACAAUUUUAAAUUUCAAAAAUAAAUGAUGUAUUGUUAUACUUAUAUCUGGAGUUUGUAUUCCUAGUUUUAAAACAAGUUACCUAUAGGUUAGUUGUUUAUUGUUAAACAAUUGUGUCUAUAGUAGGUAAACAUAGUAGAGUAUUACAGUAAAUUAAUUAAUUUAAAUUUUUAUUAUUAUAAUUAUUCAAAAAGGAACCUUUAAUUUGGUUUACAAAAUCAGAAAACCCAUAAACCCAAAAAAAAGUUAAAAACCACUGUUAUAGGCCAUUAAGCCUAAACUCAUAAGAUAGGUAUUACAAAUUAAUACAUCAGUGCCUCAAGCAAAAUUUCAAUUUUGCAACACUAAAAAAAAAUGUUUGUGAUUAGUAAAAAACGAAUUUGUUCCGAAAAUAUCAUUAUUAUUAUUUAAUUUUAAUAAUUUAUCAUUGUUUUAUUUGCUCUUUUAGAUCAAUGAAAUCUUCAAUUAUAAAUGUAAUUGAGACAAUAGUAAUUUUGUCUGACGAUGAACAAUUUGAAGUAAACAAAAUAGCUAAUGAAUCAGUAAAUAAAUUGCAUAAAAUAUUUGAUGGUCAAAAUAAAAAAUCUCUAAUAGAAUUAUUAAAAGAGAGUUUUUACACUUUACUAUCUAGAAUUCCACGAUUCAUUAGAACAUCAAGUAAGAUGCUAGAUAUAAUAUCAAAGUGUUCAUUUAUUAACCAAUUAUUAUUAUUGUUAAUAUAUAGGCUAUAUUCAGCAAAAAGUUGAAUUAUCCUUAUUAUCUGGAUAUAUAAAACUGUUUGGAAAGGAUCAUUUUGUAAGAAUAAUCCACUCUAGUGCUCAUUUAGAUCGUUUAAUAACAGUUCUAAUUCAAAUAUUAGAACUAGAGUAUAAAACCAUUACCUUAUUAGAAGAAUCGUCAAUUAGAGGUAAUAAUGUAAUUAGUUUUUAAUUUUACAUUUUUGUAGAAGAAAAAAUAUUAACAAUUUUUAAUGUAGUUUAAACAAACUAAUGUACAUAUUGUAGUUUUUGAAUAAAUUAAUAGAACACAAAUAUCCACAUUAUUAUGUAUGAUAUCCUAAUGACAUUUUUUAUUAUUAGUAAUCAAUAAUUAAAUAUAUUUAUUUAUUAAGGAUUUUCUAAUGUUAAUGAUAUUUUAUAUAAAUUUGAUUGUUUAUAUAUAUUUUAUAAUCAAUAUAUCCCUUUUAUUAUUUAUUUCAAAUUAUUUUCAACUUAAUAAAUAAAUUAAUGUUUUGCUUUUUCUUUUUAACAGCUUAAUAAUCCAUUAAGGAAUGGUGCUGCCACUAGAAAACCUCUCCAUCUUUCUUUAUCCUUAGUUCAGUUUAUUAUUACACUUUCAUGUAUCAGUUUCAUAUUCUUUUCUACAGUGCCUUUUCAUGUGAUUCUUAAUCUAUAGAGUAAUCAUUUCUUGUUUAUUUUUUCUGUCAGAACAUUCUUUAAUACAUUCCCACCAUAUCUCCAUACAUGUUCCAACCAUUAACAUAUUAUAUAUGUGAGUAUAUUGGGUUUCCCAUAUAAACUGUAUUAAUUAUUUAUUAAUAUACAGCUCUCAAUAAUAUUUUUUUUUCAUUUAUACCUAAGUAAUUGUUUUACAUCAGUUCAUAUAUAUUUCUUAAGAUUUUCUUUUAUCUUACAGUUUAUUAUAUAUAUUAUAUAUUCACAGUUUUAUUGAGAAUAAUGUUCUCGCAUCUCUUACGAUUGAAUGAUAAAAAAUAAAUAGGUUGAAAAUUAACAUUAUUUUCAUAUUUUUUCACCAAAGUCAGGAAGCAAUGUUGUAAUUGAUACACGUAUUUCAUUGUACACAUUGGAUUUGAACCAAUGUUUGAAUUAUGGUUACUGCUGAAAUCAUUGCUACAUGCAUUGAUAUGGUGUGAAUAUUUUUUGAUUAUUUCAGGAUUCUCAUCUUUUAUGUGGGCCUUAAUUCCAAAAUACAAUAUUUGUUCUAUACAAUAAAACAAUAUUUAUUUCUUGCCUCUCGUGUUAAGUGUUUGCACCUUCAUUGUUCGAGAACUGUUUUAAUAUUUAUUAAAAAUAUUAUUAGAAAAAGUACCUUAAUAAAAAAUAGAAAUUUACGUUUAUGAAGCUUAUUUAUUUUAUUUUAUCAUAUUAGAAUAUUUAUUUAUUUAUACAUUAACUUGAUGUGUUAUUUUUCUAUUAGAUAUAAAUUCUAUACCACAAUUUACUAUGGAAAUGUCAUUAAAUGUACCUUGGAAACAAUUAUUACAUUUUAAUGAUAAUUCAGCAUUAAUCAAAAUUGAAAAUAUUUGCAAAUUAAUUGGACUGUAUGGAGGUUCCGAUGCCAUUGGUCGUUAUUUAAUGGAUUUAUUUGAUUCAAAAAUAAUGUAUCGAAGAGAAAUCACACUUUUAUUGAAUAUAAUGCUGUCAGAAAGUAAAACACUUCUUGUAUAAUAUAACCAUUUUUAAAUAGAGUAGAGUCAUCUAUAGCCAGUAUCCCUACUAUUAUGACCUAUGGACACUCAUUUGUAUUUUAUUCAUAAUAGUUUAAUAUUGUAAUUUGUUAUUUAUCUACAUUAAUUUAUUUACUGUAUCAAUUAUUACAAAAAUAUAGAUAAUAUAGGGUGGUCAUAAAAUAGGGAAAUGUAAAUUUAAAAUAUAAAAUAUUUUUUUAAAUAAUUCACUCCAUAAUGUUCUUAAGACUGAAAUUAAAACUAUGGGUUGAUAAACUUAUAGUGUAUUUAUUGUUUAAUUUUUAAUAUUUUAGCAAUCAUAGAUAAAAUAAAUUAAAUAUUAAUAGAAAAAAGUUUUUAAGGUGGCCAUAGGUGGCGACUCUACCCUACACCUAAUUAUUAUGGUUACAAUUUAUUUUUGUUUUAGAUGAUGGAGAAUGCCAUUAUAGUGUAGUUAAAGAUGUGAUAGAUUUGUACUUGGAACAUAAUAUUUGGUACUUACCUACCAACGUGUGUAAAAGUUCUAAUAUAAGUAUAGCUGAAGCACAAAAAAAUGUAUUACAAAUUUGUCUUAUGACAGAAGGACUUGCCCAAUUGGUCUCGUCACUCCAUGUAACUAAACAAGAUUUAUGUUUAAUGCAGUGUUUAUAUCCAAUAUUGGAGCGCGUUGGUUCUGAAAUUGGUCCCAUAUCAUUAGCCGGUAAUACUAGAAAAUAAUACAAAUUAAAUUUAACAUUAAUAUAAAGUGUAUAUAUUCUAGGUCAAGGAGCUAUAGCAUUACUCGUUCAAACUGGUAGAUACAAUAAUCCAAUUGAUCUUGUUACAAAAAAUUCUGAUUAUUUAUCACAUCACUUUACAACUAAACUUUGGUCAUUAAGUGAAUAUCCAGAAGUGUUGAAUGCUUUAAAAGUGAUGAUGAAUGUAAAUAAUAGUGAUGAUUUAUUACAAUCUUUCCACACUAUAGUUACUGAUGUAAGUUAAACCGUUUUACUAUAUUACUUAUAUACUGUACAUUUAAUAACUUAUAGGUUCUUGUCCAAAGUUGUGAUGUCCACCGUACGGAUGAUUUGCAUUCGUUCAUGAAAGUAUUUCAUGUAUUUGUUACGUGUGUAAGAAAAUGGCAACAUAAAAUAUGUUUAUCAACAACUGAAAGUAUUAAAAAUGAAAAACCUGCAAAUAACUGUGUAUUGGAAAGUAUUUUGGAAUAUCACAGAUUCAUGACCACAGAUUUUAAAGAUGAGACUUGGGAAAGUGUAAAUGAUAGCAGUAUACCAAUGUACUUUUAAGUUUUUACUUUUUGCUAUCGCCUUUUAAUAUAUACAGGGUUUUCCAUUUUCCAAGUGACUACAUUAGAUAAUUUUGAAAAUUAUUGACUUCAACAAUUUCUUUUUUUUGUUUUGACAAUUUAAGUAUAAAGUUGCUUUAAAAUAUCAUAUUAAUAUUUUUUGUUGUGAAAUGGCUACAUACUUUAGAUUUUUAAAUGGCAACUUUUAUUAAAAAUUCCGCAAAUAGUUGGAUUAUUAAUUUAAAUUGAUUUUGACAUUUUUUUUUUGUUAAUACAUUUGCGAGAUAUUCAACUUUUAAAUUCGGGUAGGGGAAAAUGAAGCAUCAUUAUCAUUUUAAAAUUAAAAGUAGUUAAAUCAUUUCACCUCACAAAAUAAAAGACAUAAACAAUAAUGGCAAUAUAGCAUAUUGGAGCUGUUUGUUUCUUAACUAAUUAAAAAAAAGAUUCGGGACGGGUGCAGCCACUAUUAUAGGUGGAAAGUUGAGAAGGUAGGAUACAUAAAGUUAUUUAAUUUAUAUCUGUACGCAAAGAUAAACCAUUGUUAAUGAAAAAUAAUUCAAAGUGAAGUUCAGUAAGAUAUAUUUUUAAAUGCCGUAAUUAUUAUGAAUUUCAUCACAAUUUGAUAUUUAAAUUCUUAUUAAAAAAAAAUUCUAUAUUACAUUCAAUGUUUUUUCUUUACCACAAAAUACCACAUAAUUAACAAAUUUUUAAACAUUUCUUUUAAAUCAUUAAUUAAAUUAUUUUGUGUGCCAUAAAUAUUUGCCCUUUUACCAAUAAUUUUCCUUUCUAUUUUGAAAAUCCAUUGGAAAAUCAAAAAAUUACCUAUCUAAUGCAGUAAUGCUCUAUCUAGACAAAAUUAUCUUUCAAAAAAGGUUAACACUAUACAUCGAAGAAAAAUUUCUAGUAGAAAAGUUGUUUACAAACAGAAAAAGAAAUUAUACAUCAUAGUAAAACCAAUAGAUUAAUAAAAAAAAAUUUGAAAUAUGUCAAUACUUUUCAAAUAUUAUUUUAUUAUUCACUUAAAUAUACUUGUAUAAUCAAUUUAAAUUGUUUUCAUUUUAGUGAAAACAUUGAAGACAUUGAUGAAGAAAAUAAAAAGUCAUUACCGCCAUAUAUACAAAUGGUCAUCUCCAUAAUGGAACGAGUAUUGCAUUUCUUACCUUCAAAACAUCACUUUCUUCCUUUACAAGUUAGUUAUAACAUACUGUAAAUUAUCAAUCUGUAUGGAUAAGGUUUAUACUAUCUUAUAGAUUCUCAAUGAAGGGUUACAUGUACUGUCAAACUAUGAAAACCAAUUGUUACCAAUUGUACAUAAAAUAUGGUCACCCCUGUGUACUAAAUUUAAUAAUAAUAUUGAAGAUAUAAUAUUCCGUGAAGCAUUUAAUGUAUUGUGCACAAUGGCAUUGACAGCAAAAAAUUUUAUUCGUUCUCGUUCACUAAAGUAGGUAUAUUUAUAAAAAAUAAUGAAUUCAAUAUUAUAUUUGAUUUAUAAAUACAAUACAGGCAAGUUUUACCAACCAUAUUACAACGAUUGACUUCUAGUGCUAGAGAAAGUAGAAAUAUUUUGAAAGGAAGUGUUUAUUUUACAAGUCAUAAAUAUAAAUUGCAAUAUACCAUAUUGAGUGGUUUAGGAGAUUUUGUCAUUAAUGUGACUUUUAUAGAGAAAGAUAUGUUUAAUAUCUUAAAUACAGUAGCAAAUUAUUUAGAUAAAAAUCAGCCAAUUGAGUUACAGGUAUUAUUUGUAUAUUGUUUGUAUAAUAAAUUCAAUUAAUGACAUAAAGUGUUUUUUUUUAUAGGACAAAUGUAAAGAAUUCUAUACAAAAUUGUACAUUCAUCAUUCUGAUUUUAUAUGGAUAUAUUUACAAUCACUAGCCAUUGAUGAAUAUGAGUAUAAAUCAGAAAAUGAACGACUUCCAUCAAUCAAGGUGCAUUUUGUAUUCAUUAUUAGUAUUCACAGUCACACACUAUACAAAUAAAUAUAUAUUGUAUACAUUUAAUUUUCAGGUUUAUGGUUCAUCAACAUUUAAAAGAAAUAAUGUUUUAAAGAAUGUGACUGAGCUAAAUGAAAAAUUCAAACAUAUUUCAUAACUAUUCAUUUCUUUAUUAUGUUGUGGUAAAGUGUUACUAAUCUGUGUUAUUUAUUAUAUUAAAUUAUGUUCCAUUUUUAUACAAUAAAUAUACGUGCAUUGUUUUUACAACAGUCAUUAUAACUGCAGAAGUUUAUUACAAAGAGCAACACAAAUGUACAAUAUUAUAUUAAUUAUAGUCUCAAUAUUAUAUCGUUUUAUUUUCUAAAGAUUUGUGUACCUAUAUGUCAAUAUCAAAAAAAAAAAAAAAAAAAAAAAAAAAUAGAAAUACGAUUGGUCUGUUUGUUGAUUGCUGCACAAAUAAACUAUGCAAAAUGUGAUAAUUAACCAGUACUUUUAAAAUUCAAAUCUUCAAUAAUUUAUCUUUAACCAAAAUAAAAAUCAACUAUGAUUCCAAUUUUGUAGUUAUAUAUACUGACUGUACUGUGCCAUCAAACUAAUACUUAUUUUUCUUCAAAAUCUACUGCUAUUUAAAUGUAUACUAACAAAGAUAUAUAAACAAACUUUUAAAAUUAUUAUUAAAUAUUAAUAUGUGUAAUUUAUUUAAUCAAAUUCAAAAUGAAACUUUAAAAUACUUCAUUUUAAUGAUUUUUUUGUAAAUCAUAAUGGAAAUGAUGAAUUGAACAUUUUUGUUAAUAAAUUUAUAUCAUAAGUGUCUAC